AUUUCAGUCUGCUGCGUGCAUCAGAACUGAGCCUACUUUUCCUCAGGCGCUUACACACAGCAUGGAGGCCAGGUACCAUUGGUGAAAGAAAGAAAGAAAGAAAGAAAGAAAGAAAGAAAGAAAGAAAGAAAGAAAGAAAGAAAGAAAGAAAGCGAUAUGCUUGGCAUCUAAAUGCACGGCAUGUGGAUUCGGAGCAGGAGAUGCCUUUCAUUCCUCUGUAUUUCAGCACAGAGCAAAACGGGGGCAGAGAGUGCAAAGAAUACGAAACAAACUGCCCCAUACAACUGGAGAAAAAGGACUGAUCUGAGGAGGCCAACCCUUGUGAGCAUACACUGUGUACGUGUUCUGAAGUUAGUGCUUUGAAGGAAGGAAAGAGGAGAACAAUGGGGAACACUAUAAGAACAAUGAAAGCCACACCUGUGGUAAAUACACCCUGGCAAUCUGGGCAUAGAACUGAUUUUCUUGCUGUCCUUGAUGACUAUCCCACUCCAGAUAUAAGCCAACCUAUUUUUCAAGUCGGGGAGAAAUUACGUGUGAUAUCAGAUGAAGGAGGCUGGUGGAGAGCAUGUUCCCUCACUACAGGAAAAGAAAACUACAUUCCAGAAAAAUGUGUAGCAAAAGUCUACCAUGGUUGGUUAUUUGAAGGUCUAGGAAGAGAAAAAGCUGAAGAACUUUUGCUACUUCCUAAUACCAAGACUGGCUCUUUCAUGAUUAGAAAGAGUGAAACGACAAAAGGUUUAUAUUCCUUGUCGGUCCGGCACAUACAGGUGAAACAUUACAGAAUCUUCCGCCUGCCAAACAACUGGUAUUAUAUCUCCCCUCGGCAAACUUUUCAGUGCCUUGAGGACCUCGUAAAUCACUAUUCUGAGGUAGCUGAUGGUCUCUGCUGCAUGCUCACAACUCCCUGCCUCACCCAGCACACUAGCAACAAUGAAGUAAGGAAUCAAGAGCCUCCUGUGAUGAUGCGCAACAAAACCUUCACAUGGAAGGAUAAGCAGAGAGCGAAGGAGGAGGAGGAUGAAAUUGCAGACAUGCUUGGAAUAGAGGACUCUGGUCUCAGCUAUGGACUCCGGAAUAGCAUCACUUCCUAUCUGGCCCUAUCCGGGGCAACUGACUCUUACAUGAACAACAACAAGAAGAAAAGCCAGUCUGUCAUACACCGGAGCAAGUACGACUCACGAGCACCCUUCAUUUAUCACGAGGACUGAACCUGAUGAAGCAGAGGGCAGCCAAGAAGAAAGUUAGAUGCUCCCUGUUCACACAUAGGCAGCUUUGCACUCUUGGAAAUAAUACAACUAUCGUUUUCCAGUCCAGUCCACAAGAGUCCAUGGCCAUCAGGGACAGAGCCUGGAGACUAGGUUUAAAGUUUAAAGCAAAAAUGUAGAGCUCCCUUCAGCUUCUUUAACGUAAAAAGGCUGGGAGAUCUGAUCAUGGAUCUCCCACAACCUGGCUCUUUUCUGACCCUGAAAUAGGCAUUUCAGGGUCAAAAAAGUAGUAGAUGCCAACUGAUUAGGAAAGCUCUUUCAAGACAGCCUCUGUUUGCAAGAACAGAGAAACAUGCACCCACCAGGUCAUUCAGAUUUUUACCAGCUACAUUUCUGUGGGCUAUCGUCCAAAUCAGAGGUUGUUCUUCUCCCACAUUACUUAUCGUAAGCACAAGUUAUACAGCAGUACAUCACCAUAGUUCAGUUUAGGUAAAGUCAUGAUAAAGUCACAGUUUGGAAAAUUAUCAGAUCUGAAUCUUAUGCCCUAAAGCAGAUCUUCCAUUUAUCAUCUUUCCCUCUGCCCUGCCCUGAACAAACAGCAGAAGACAUUUAGGAAAGUUUAUCACACCAAGGAGCCGCAGAGUGUAUAGCUUCAGAUAAUUCCAAGCACAGAGUUAUUUAUCAGGGACUACAGUCCCUCCUGGUAUUCAGACUGCAGGUACAAGAAUCACUUUUUUAAAAAGAUCCCCAACAUAAAACAUUCAAUGUAAGUAGAAAACUACCACAGGCAGUCAACUAGGUUAGAUCCUUUGCCCCUGAUGUUCUGGUUUUCUAUGCAGAGAAAACUUGCAGUUUAGAGUAAUGCAGCCCAGAUUUUGCUUUAGAUCUGCCUAAACUAGAUCCAGAUUAGGUUCUACCUAUUAUCAAAGCCAGAGCUGGCUUUUUCUUUUUUUAGUUUAUUCAUAAAUAACUAGAACUCAUCAUCAGCCCCAUGGAGGUCCAGAGUAUGUAUAUAUAAACUUAUUUAUAUGGGUGAUGCCCUUGUAAAAUAUAAGUUGUAAUUACAGUGUAUCAGCCUUUGGUGAAACUUAAAAAAAUGUAUAAAGGUGUAAAAAAACCACCCAGAUAA